AUGCGUUCGGUGGUGAGGGGCGCACUAACGAUCGGGCGUUUUAUGUCUUUUAGGAGUUAUCUAAGAAAAUUUUAUUUGGCGCUGGACGCCUUAACAGAUAUUUAUAAAGACCUUCAUUACUCCCUCGUCGCCUCAGAACGCUACUUCGAGCUCAUAGACAGAACACCCAAAAUAGAUACUCCCACCAACACCACCCCAGCGGCCCCCCUAGGGGCCCCCCUAGGGGCCCCCUUAGGGGCCCCCCCAGGGGCCCCACUAGGGGCCCCCCUAGGGGCCCCCCUCGGGGCCCCCGUAGGGGCCCCAAGCUCUAUGGGGCCCCUAUCUGCACACGGACUUGCCCAGGGGGGCCCCCAGGGGGCCCCUGAGGGGCCCCUCAAGGGGGGGGAGGUGGGAAGUGGAGGGGGGAGAGGAGCCCCGGCGUCAGUGGAGUUUAAAAAUGUUGAAUUUGCGUAUGAAGUGGGGGCGGCAGGGGAGGGGGGCCCCCAGGGCCAAGGGGGGGGGCCCCCCAACAGCCCCCUGAUACUGAAGGGGUUCUCGCUGCGCGUACCACCAGGAGAAGUGCUGGCCCUCGUCGGCCCCUCAGGCGCCGGCAAGUCCACCAUAGUGAAACUCGCCCAGCGGUUCUAUGACCCCCAGAGCGGUGCGGUGUACAUGGAUGGAAAGGACCUGCGUGAGUCAGACUUGCUGCUGCUGCGGCAGCAGAUAGCAUACGUCGAGCAGGAGCCGCUGCUGUUCAGGCGCAGCAUCGCCGACAACAUCGCCUAUGGCCUGAGGCCGCUGCAGCACACCAGCGACGCCUGGAUUGCGCAGACCACGAGGGCACGCAACCACCACCACCAACAGCAGCAGCAGCAGCAGCAGCAGCAGCAGCAGCAGCAGCAGCAGGUGCAGCACACGAGCGAUGAAAGCGGGUCGUAUGAGGCAGAGUUGGCCCGGGCGCUGAGUCACCCGCAGGCUGCACACUGGCCUCCUGGUCUGCUGCAGCGAGUUGUUGCUGCAGCAGCAGCAGCAAACGCGCUGCCUUUCAUCGCGCGGCUGCCUGAUGGAGUAUUCACUAUCUGCGGUGAUGGGGCUGUCCGUCUGUCAGGCGGACAGAAGCAGAGAAUUGCUGUGGCGAGAGCGUUGCUGCGAGAGCCCCGGCUGCUAAUACUCGAUGAGGCGUCGAGCUGCCUCGAUGCAGAGAGCGAGGCGGCGCUGGCGGAGACACUGAGGAGGCUGAAGGGGAAAACCACCGUCAUCACCAUCGCCCACAAACCCUCCAGCCUGAGAGAGGCAGACCGCGUCGCCGUCAUAGAAGACGGGCGCGUUGUGGAGGAGGGCAGGCGGGCGGAGCUGCUGCAGUCAGCCAACUCAAAGUACAGGCAGCUGCAGCUGGACGGGGCUCUCGCAUAA